AUGGCUCAGGCGCCGCGCGAUGCGUUGGACCGCAUAUUCCAGGACUUGAAGUCGCGGCACGACGAAACAAGGCUGAAAGCUGCCUACAGUCUCCGACAGAACGUAGAAGCCGCUCACAGAGAGCUUCCACCAGGCCAGUUCGCCGGCUACUACAACGAUGUCACUCAACGCGUAUCGGCCCUUGUGGUACAGGGCAGCGACACAAACGAACGGGUCGGCGGCAUACACGCGCUCAACCAGCUCAUCGACUUCAAAGGCGAUGAUGCGGGUCAAAAGACGACACGGUUCGCGAGUUAUCUGCGCGCAGUAUCUCGCGGCAACGACACGACCGCCAUGAUCUUCGCUUCCCGAGCCCUCGGGAGACUCGCAAAACCCGGCGGCACACUUACAGCAGAGCUGGUCGAAGCGGAGGUUAAGAGCGCAUUGGAAUGGCUGCAGAUGGAUCGCCAGGAACAGCGCCGUUUUGCCGCCGUCCUCAACCUCAGAGAGCUUGCGCGGAACUCGCCGACUCUGAUGUAUUCGUGGGUUCCGCAGAUCCUGGAAGUAAUCUGGGUGGCCCUUCGGGACCCAAAAGUCUUGAUCCGGGAAUCGGCAGCUGAGACUAUGAGCGCAUGCUUCGAGAUUAUCGCCGCUCGCGAGUCGCAGGCAAGACUGCAGUGGCUAUCACGCGUAUGGGAAGAGGUUCUGCGAGGGUUCCAGCAAAAUACCGUCGACACUAUCCAUGGAUCACUUCUAGCGCUGAGGGAGCUGCUGCAGAAAGGCGGCAUGUUUAUGAAUGGACCUCGCUACAAAGAGUCAUGCGACAUCGCGUUACGCUACAAAGAUCAUCGGGACGGUUUGAUCCGACGAGAGGUUGUCAACCUUAUGCCUGUCAUUGCAGCAUAUGCGCCUCAAUCUUUCGCAAGCAGUUACAUCCACAUGUACAUUAUGCAUCUACAAGGUCUCGUGAAACGAGACAAAGACAGAGGGCCAGCAUACAUUGCAAUCGGUAAGAUUGCAAACGCGAUUGGCAGUGAGAUUGGCGAGUAUCUAGAAGGUCUCGUGCAUCUCAUUCGAGAGGGACUGCUUGCGAAGACACGAGUCAAGACCUCGAACGAAGCGCCUGUCUUUGAGUGCCUUAGCAUGGUAUCAAUCGCCGUGGGGCAAGCGUUGAGCAAGCACGUCCAUAGCCUCCUCGACCCGAUCUUUGCUUGUCCUCUGAGCGACUCACUGACGCAAGCGCUUGUUGACAUGGCUCACUACGUCCCGCCUUCGAAGCCAGUAAUUCAGGAACGUCUCUUGAAUAUGCUAAGUCAAGUUUUAUGUGGCCGUCCUUUCAUGCCACUUGGAAGUCCCUAUUUGAGUAGCUCCCCUCCGCAGAUCUGGACACGAGAUCACAAAGACCCGCAGCAGAUUGCUCCGAGAGAAGCGGAGGUAGCUCUAGCGCUUCAGACUCUAGGAAGCUUCGACUUUUCUGGCCACGUUCUAAACGAGUUCGUUCGGGAUGUCGCCAUUCGAUACGUGGAGGCCGAUAACCCCGAGAUACGGAAGGCUGCUGCACUUACCUGUUGCCAGCUGUUCGUACGCGACCCUAUCGUACAUCAGACAAGUCAGCAUGCGAUACAAGUCGUUGGCGACGUUAUCGAGAGGCUUUUGACUGUCGGGGUUGCUGACAAUGUAGAUCCUGAGAUACGCCUGACCGUCCUACUCUCCUUGGACGCUCGGUUUGAUCGUCACCUUGGUAAAGCCGAGAAUGUCCGAACACUUUUCCUAGCUCUCAAUGAUGAGGUCUUUGCUGUCCGCGAGGCAGCUAUGGCCAUCAUCGGCCGCCUUACUUCAGUGAAUCCCGCAUACGUCUUCCCAUCUUUGCGGAAAGUACUUAUUCAACUCUUGACGGAAGUGGAAUAUUCCAAUAGCCCGCGUAACAAGGAAGAGAGUGCAAAACUCAUCGGCCAUCUGGUCAGAGCAUCGUCUAAGCUUCUAAAAACAUACGUUGACCCAAUUGUCACUGUUUUACUACCGAAAGCUCGAGAUCUCAAUCCAGACGUGGCUUCUACUACUCUAACAGCAAUUGGCGAUCUGGCAGCUGUGGGUGGGGAGGACAUGAGGCGGUACAUCCCUGACCUUAUGAGCAUCAUCAUCGAGAACCUUCAGGACUUGAGCUCGGACAGCAAGCGCAUGGCCGCGUUACGAACUUUGGGUCACCUGGCUACGAACGCUGGAUACGUGAUCGAACCUUACAAAGACCAUCCGGAACUCUUGACUUUGUUGAUUAAUAUUGUCAAGACAGAGCAAGCGACACCCUUGCGACGAGAAACGGUGCGGUUAAUGGGUAUCUUGGGCGCACUGGAUCCGGAUGAACAUCAGAAAAUUGUUGAGAAGUCCCCUGAGAGUAAUCUCGUUGCAGAAGCGCAAGCAAUCACAGACGUGUCACUCAUCAUGAGCGGGAUAACUCCAUCAAACGACGAGUACUAUCCGACUGUUGUGAUCAACACCCUCAUGGGCCUGCUGAAAGAUACGUCCCUAGUUCAGUACCACUCUUCGGUGGUCGACGCAGUCAUGAACAUCUACGCUACAAUGGGCAUGAAGUGCGUACCAUUUCUUGGCCAGGUGGUGCCAGGAUUUGUGUCAGUCAUCCAGGGCGCUCCGUCGGGCCGUGUCGAAGGGUACUUCAACCAACUCAGUCAGCUUGUCAAGAUUGUACGACAGCACAUUCGACCAUUUCUCCCGAUGAUUCUCGAAACAAUCCAAGACUUCUGGAGCACAGGCACUCAGCUCCAAGCGACCAUUCUUUCUCUGAUCGAGGCUAUUGCAAUGUCACUCGAGGGAGAGUUCAAGGUCUAUCUGGCUAGUGUCCUGCCCUUGAUGCUAGGUGUCCUGGACCAAGACACUUCUAGCAGGCGUUUGCCGUCUGAAAGGGUGUUACACGCUUUCCUUGUGUUUGGAUCCAGCGCGGAAGAGUACAUGCAUCUAAUAAUCCCCGUCAUUGUCCGGAUGUUUGAAAAGCCAGGCCAGCCUUCGAGCAUUCGAAAGCAAGCUAUUGAAACCUUGGGACGUCUCUCGAAGCAGGUGAACAUCUCGGAAUUUGCAGCAAGAAUUGUUCACCCCUUGACUCGAGUUCUCGCUGGCAGCGACGUGGCACUCAAGCAGACUGCUCUUGAGACGCUUUGCGCAUUGAUUUUCCAGCUCGGUCCAGAUUACAUCCACUUUAUCCCGACGGUUAACAAGAUACUGGAGACGCACAAGAUCCCUCACGCCAACUACAGACUCAUAGUAAGCAAGCUUCAGAAGGGCGAGCCUCUUCCUCAGGAUCUAAGCCCGGAUGAGCGAUACGGCGAUGAUGGUCAAGAUCAACCGUUAGCAGACGUCUCCAGCAAGAAGCUUGCUUGCAACCAGCAACACUUAAAGAACGCAUGGGAAGCGUCGCAGAAAUCAACACGCGAGGACUGGAUCGAAUGGAUGCGACGAUUUAGCGUGGAGCUUCUAAGAGAGUCUCCGCAGCAAGCGCUCCGUGCUUGCACACCACUGGCGAGCAUCUACAGUCCUAUCGCAAAGAGUCUCUUUAAUUCCGCUUUUGUCUCGUGCUGGACAGAGCUAUACGAUCAGUAUCAGGAAGAGCUUGUUCGCGCCAUUGAAACAGCACUCACAUCGCCUAACAUACCUCCGGAAAUUCUGCAAAUCUUGCUGAACCUGGCCGAGUUCAUGGAGCACGACGAUAAGGCGCUCCCAAUCGACGUUCGGAUGUUGGGCAUGUAUGCUGCCAAAUGCCAUGCGUUUGCAAAAGCUCUCCACUACAAGGAGCUGGAGUUCAACGCUGAACAGAAUGCAAGCGCUGUCGAAGCUUUGAUCAGCAUCAACAACCAGCUUCAACAAACCGAUGCGGCUUUUGGCAUCUUGCGCAAGGCACAGAGCUACCAGGAUGUCGAGCUGAAGGAGACUUGGUUCGAAAAGCUGUACCGCUGGGAAGAAGCGCUGCAAGCGUACCAGCGGCGCGAGAAAGACGAGCCUGACUCCUUUGAAAUCACGAUUGGCAAGAUGAGGUGUCUGCAUGCUCUUGGCGAGUGGGAUGUCCUUUCAUCUCUCGCGCAGGACAAAUGGAUACAUGCGUCCACGGAGUACCGCAAAGUGAUCGCGCCGCUUGCUGCAGCCGCCGCCUGGGGCCUAGGCCAGUGGGAGCUUAUGGACAACUACCUUUCGGUCAUGAAGCCAGACUCGCCGGACAGAUCCUUCUUCGGCGCUAUCCUAUCUCUGCACCGCAACCAGUUCGAUGACGCUCACUUGCACAUCGAGAAGGCACGAGAAGGUCUCGACAAUGAAUUGAGCGCGGUCUUGGGCGAGUCAUACACCCGAGCUUACCUACCAAUCCUGAGAGUGCAGAUGCUUGCGGAGCUUGAGGAGAUUAUCUCGUACAAGCAGAACCAGAACAACCCGGAAAAGCAAGCAAGUAUGCGACAGACCUGGAUGAAGCGCCUGCGAGGGUGCCAGCCAAACCCUGAGGUAUGGCAACGGAUGCUCAAGGUCCGCGCACUCGUCAUCUCGCCGAGAGACAACAUGGAGAUGUGGAUCAAGUUCACAAAUCUCUGCCGCAAGAACCAGCGAGGUGGCCUGGCGGAGAAAUCCUUACACGCCCUUCUUGGCACGAAUGAAGACAUCAUCCCAUACAUCAAGUCAAAUGCAACGGAGAUUCCGCCUCAGAUAUCAUACGCCGUCUUCAAGUUCAUGUGGUCUUCUGGACACCAGCAGGACGCUCUGGCUGUGCUCAAAGAUUUCACUGCGAAGGUAGCCGAUGACCUCCAGAUUCGAGCACGGGAAGCAAGCAUGAACGGCGCAGCCAUAACGAAUGGCGUUAACGGGGUACACGGCGUAAACGGCAUUAACGGAACGAAUGGCAUCAACGGCACGAACGGUCCGCACAUGCUCAAUGGACUCUCCAACCAGAUGACAUCACCAAAGGACCUGGCAGAGUACCACAGGCUCCUGGCGAAAUGUUACCUUAAGCAAGGCGAUUGGCAGACGUUCUUGCAGGGUGGUGACUGGCAGAACGAGCACGUGCACGAGAUUCUGGCGUCUUACGCGGCUGCAACGCGAUAUAACCAGAAUUGGUACAAGGCAUGGCAUGCCUGGGCCCUUGCGAACUUUGAAGUGGUCAACUCGAUCACCGCUCAAGGUGAACGAGGAUCAGCGGAUCUUCCUCCAGCAAUGGUCCAUGACCAUAUUGUCCCAGCUGUCCACGGCUUCUUCAAGUCCAUUGCCCUAUCUUCGACCAGCUCCCUCCAGGAUACAUUGCGGCUGCUUACCCUAUGGUUUGCUCAUGGAGGUCACCACGAGGUCAACAACGCCGUUACUGAGGGUAUUGGCACCGUGAGCAUCGACACUUGGCUAGAGGUGAUACCGCAGCUGCUUGCUCGUAUCAACCAACCGAACGCCAGAGUACGGCAGUCUAUCCACAACCUUCUUUGCGAAGUUGGUCGAGCGCAUCCGCAGGCCCUGGUAUUCCCGUUGACCGUCUCGAUGAAGUCAGAUCUAUCGCGCCGUUCGCGCUCCGCUUCGCAGCUCAUGGAGGCUAUGCGUCAACAUUCGCCAAAACUUGUGGAGCAGGCCGACGUCGUAAGCCAUGAACUGAUCCGGAUAGCAGUCUUAUGGCACGAGCAAUGGCAUGAGGCGUUGGAAGAAGCGUCUCGUUUGUACUUUGGUGAUCACAACAUCGAAGGCAUGCUCGCGACGCUUGCACCUCUGCACGCGAUGCUCGACAACGGACCGGAGACUCUGCGCGAGAUUUCCUUCAUUCAGUCUUUUGGCAGAGAGCUUCAAGAGGCCCGGGACUGGUGUCAGACUUUCAAGAAUUCCGGUGAAGUAGGUGAUCUCAACCAGGCGUGGGACCUCUACUAUCAAGUCUUCCGCAAGAUUGCUCGCCAGCUUCCUUCUCUUAUGACGCUGGAAAUGCAGUAUGUCUCGCCUAAGUUGAAGAGUAUUCACGACCUCGAGCUAGCCGUGCCCGGAACCUACAAGAGCGGCAAACCAGUCAUCCGGAUCGCCUCGUUUGACCCGGUGGCAACUGUCAUUCAGUCUAAGCAGCGGCCCAGAAAACUAGUGCUUAAGGGCAGUGAUGGUGUCAGCUAUAUGUAUGUUGUCAAGGGCCACGAGGAUAUCCGCCAGGACGAGCGCGUCAUGCAACUCUUCGGGCUCAUCAAUACUCUUCUUGCGAAUGACACGGAGAGCCGGAAGCGUCAUCUCAACAUCCAGCAGUACCCAGCAAUACCGCUGUCAACGCAAUCAGGUCUCCUUGGUUGGGUACCGAACAGUGACACACUGCACGUACUCAUCCGAGAAUAUCGUGAGAGCCGCAAGAUUCUCCUGAAUAUCGAGCAUCGUAUCAUGCUGCAGAUGGCGCCAGAUUACGACAGCCUGACCCUCAUGCAGAAGGUCGAAGUCUUCGGCUAUGCGCUGGACAACACAACCGGACAAGAUCUCUACCGCGUACUGUGGCUCAAGAGCAAGAGCUCGGAAGCCUGGCUUGACCGACGAACCAACUACACCAGGUCGUUGGCGGUGAUGUCCAUGGUCGGCUACAUCCUUGGUCUCGGAGACCGACACCCGUCCAACCUCAUGCUGGACAAGAUCACCGGAAAGAUCAUCCAUAUCGAUUUCGGCGACUGCUUCGAAGUGGCCAUGCAUCGCGAGAAGUACCCCGAGCGGGUGCCUUUCCGCCUAACGCGGAUGUUGACGUAUGCGAUGGAGGUCAGCAACAUUGAAGGAAGCUACCGUACCACAUGCGAGCACGUCAUGCGCGUUCUGCGCGACAACAAGGAAUCCGUGAUGGCGGUGCUCGAAGCCUUCAUACACGACCCACUCUUGACCUGGCGCCUCGGCAACCGCGAAUCCCCUCCCGAACCCUCCUUCCCCUCCGAACGCCGCGCCUCCAUCAUCGGCAUGCCGUCAACGGACCCCGACCGCCCGGACAACUCGUUCCAGCGGCCGCGCAACCGCUCCACGGCCUACCAGGCCAAUGAUCCCGAGGCGAAGGAGGUGCAGAAUGCGCGUGCGCUGCAGGUGCUGUCGAGGGUCAAGGAGAAGCUGACGGGGAGGGACUUCAAGCCGAAUGAGGAGUUGGGCAUCGAGCCCCAGGUUGAUAGGCUUAUCAGGGAGGCGACGAAUUUGGAGAAUCUGUGCCAGCAUUAUAUCGGGUGGUGCAGCUUUUGGUGA